ACGUUCACUAUCGCCCCUCCUGCACCGAUCACUGGCAGCUGCCAAUUCUGACCUAUGCACUUUUGCUCCCGUUCCUACUCGUGCUCCGCACUUCUCUGGAGGCGGUUCCGCUGGCCCUCCGAAUGGCAGUGGCCCACCUGGUGGAAAUGGUAAUGGGAACGAUCCUGUCGGCUCUGGUGCGUAUGGUGGAGGUGACGGUGGCAGUCGUGGUCCGAGUCGCGCUCCUGGAGGCGGUCCGCCUGACAAUAAUGCCCCGUGGUGACGACGGCCCCCCUGGCGGUGGUCCGCCGGAUGGAGGCCUCGAUCCUCCAUCAAUGCGACCGUCCGGACGACCUGAGACGUUUCAGUGCGAAAGGUGUCAGGAGCGAUUCUCCGUCGACCUUCGACGAAACUGUGUUGUGUGCAAGUACACAUGCUGCAAUACGUGCUGCCGAGAUCCAAUGCGGAUUUGCAUCGUUUGCAUCGAUCGCGCAAACGGAGGCGUUCCUGUUUCCGACGGGAACUCCUCGCAGCAGAAAGGCAGCUCGAGUGCCACUGAUGACAAGAAGGCCAAGUGCAAGACGUUUCGUCUUGAACCCGAGCCCGAUCCUGCACAUCUUCGGCGUUGGAUUGUUGACAUGAAGGAGAAAGUUGCGAAUGCGUUCGCAUACGAUCCAGUUUAUGCUCUGCAAUGGGUUGAUUUUGUCGAUGGGUCGCGAUAUGAGGACCUCAUCGAGGAGUGCAAGUAUGGUAUGCUUGAGAACGAAUGCAACGCUGCUUUCCGCGACUGCAUCAAGUCCAUUGCGCUGAAGAACAAGAUUCAGACCGAAACGGAGCGUAUGCACACUGUUGGCAGACGUCUUGGAAGCCGUCACAUAUUGUGGCUCCUUUAUGAUUUCUGGAGACCACAUGUGACGGGUGAUACGACUCUCAAGAUCGUUGACCUUAUGAACGUAAGCAUUGAUCGCUUCCGAUAUGGUGUUGAGCAGGAGAGGCUUGAAGCCUUCUGCGAUAAGUUCGAUCAUGUUCUAGCCGGUAUCUCUGUUGACCGGCCACCUGAUCAGAUGCUAUGUGCUAUGUUCUACGAGCAAGUUCGGGAAAUGCGUUGUCUCGAACUCGAUAUGUCGCUCUGGGACAGAGAUACGUCCGUGCGUAAAGAUGUAUUCCGCUGCUCGAUCUUCGUCUGGCAGGAGACACAGCGCUGCGAGGAUCGCCUAAGAGAGGGUCGCCGCGACGUGGCUCUCCGAGACGUAGAUCCCACAGCCCCGGUCGGGCUGCUCCUGCGCCUACGCGUUGUCGCGGGUCGAUCUGAUCUCCCGCGAGUGUACCCCGCUUUGCCAGCACCCAUCAUCCUGCAUGAGAAUGUGGUUGCUGCUGGUGAGGCUCCUCUUGAAGAUGAUGAUUCAUGGCUUGAAGAGCUGGAGAAAGAAGGCGAGAGGAAGAGAAGUGAGCCGAUUGUCCCGACAGACGGGAACAAGGGCCACACGAUAAAUCGAAGCCUCGUGCCCCCAAUCCUGACCAUGAGCCCCGUGCUAGGGAUCUCAAGCCUGAGGACUCACCUCGCGAUAAAGGUUUCAAGUUUCAAGGAGUUUGGUGAGCAUGUUACGAUCGAUACUAUGGUGUUACAUGGAUUAGGAAACAGAGGUAACAACGUCGAGACGGACGCCAUUGUCUUUUACGAUUUGGCAACAGGAUGGCUUGAGACUGUACCUGUCAAAAGCCGCAACAACGCGGAAACGCUCAGAGCAUUUCACCAGGUCUUUGGUAAGAUCAGUGAUAUCAACUCGAUAUCUGUUGAUACUCAGCGAUCAUAUGCUCCCCCGAACAUUCGUGAAGUAUAUUGUGACAAGGCAAAGGAAUUCAUUUCCGUCUGCAAGAGACUGGGGAUUCCUGCCGAGCACUCUACUCCGGGAAUGCCUCGGACGAAUGCGGUUGUUGAGAGCAAGGUGAAGCUCGUAUUGCAUGGAGGACGGGUUGCGCUGAGACAAGCUGGUCUGGAGGCCAAAUUCUGGCCGUAUGCCUGUAGGCAUUUCUGUCUCGCUCGCGACAUCGAGAUGCGCGACGGAUCCUCGGCAUACCAAGCCAGGUUCGGAAUCGACAAAUUCGCUGGCCAAGUUUGGCCAUUUGGGUGCCUUAUCGAUUUCUUUCCUACCCCAGCUCGCAAGAAAACCCGUCGGAACAAUGCUGAUGAGGUUGUGCUGGGAGAUGGAGAGGAGUAUGCUCUUCCUGCCGAUCCUGUUGACGCUGGCGAACUUAUUGAUGUCGAGGUAACGUUCGAUGAUGAUGGUUUCGCUGAAUGGUUCGAUGCAGGUGAUGAGGACCACGACGGUGUCGAUAUAACUGUCGAUGGGAAAGGAAAGCUCUCGUCUUACCAGCGUGCUGGGAAGUUUUCGCCUACCAGCAGACCUGGUAUCCUUCUUGGAUACCACUUUGAAAUUGGUGGGAAAUGGAAUGGCGAUUAUCUUGUCGCUGAUCUCGAAGAUUUCAACCGAGACGCUGGUCGUGCCAGCGUUCACCAGGUGAAGCGAAUCUAUAGCUCUCCAAAAGAGCAAUGGACCUUCCCGAUGCUAGCGAUCUACGAUAAACGGUCGCGCACCUCAUGUAUUGACGAUCCUGCGAUGCAGGCUGUCACUUAUGAGAAACCUGAUCGCACUCGAUUUUCCGAUGAGUUUGAUGAAACUGAACUCUUUGAUUUCGAUCAGGAUCGCCAACUGUCCGAUGAGGAACUAAGGAAGAAACGUGAUGCCGAGUCGCAUGCUGAGUCUUCUCAUGGUGGUAAUGUAGAUUUCUGGGAUUAUGAUCCCAAGACUCACAAAUGGACGUAUCACGUCAUUGUUCCUCGAAAGGCUAUGGUUCAUCCCUCGAAGACACCAGGCGCUUUGGGUGUGCCGCCCAAUCGAGAGAAGCUGUCAUCCGUCCGAACUUCCCAUGUGCAAUAUGCAGGGAAGUCUCCCGCUACGAUAAGGGAAGAGAUGUUCUCUUUCGAGAAGACUCGAUUGAUGCAGUUGAGUCAGUUCUAUGACGAGGGAUUCACACCCAAGAAGAUGCGAGUUGUGAGGCGGGCUCGCUUUGAUGAUCCGUCAACACUGUCCGAUGCUCGAAUCACUAUGGCCAUGAGCGAUGGCACCGAGUUCACUGUUCAGGAUUCCUGGCGCGCUGCCGCGAUGGUUAAGGUGAAGACUGUUGUCACAGGCAUAACGAUCGAGAAGCGAACUGCCUGCGCUGCAAGUGGAUUCCUCGGUCAUGCGCUGAUCUCCUCAGAAUCCCCUUGCUUAGCCUCUGCUCCUGCUGCGCCCGUGCCAGACACACCGCAACCUGAGGAGCACCCUUCUAUGCCCAAUCGAAGCGCGCCUUAUGAUCAUCGCGCGUCCGAUUCAUCAGUGUUUUUCUACAGCGCGUGUGUGGCACGGCCGGUUGACCGGAAGGAGCGAGCGUCCAAUCCCAAAGCCAAGGCCGCUCUUGAUAAGGAAUGGAACAAGCUUAUCACCCAGGGAUGUUGGGAUUAUAAGUCUGUGCGUGAAUGGCGAGAUGUGUCCAAUGAAGCCAUAUCGCACGGUGAGACUGCUCACGUCGGACGCAUUUUCGAUAUAUGCGUUGAAAAGAACUCUGAAUUACCAGAGUCCGAUCCAAGUCGCAAGUUUAAGGGGCGUGUGGUGUUCGAAGGAUGUCACGUCAAGGAUGAAGGGAACAAUUGGGCUAUUUUCUCCGAGAUCACCUCUUGCCCGGCAACAAUGGAAGCUGGAAAGGCUGCCGAUGCGUUCGGCCUGCUUCCAGGUCAUGAGAUUCAGGUUGCCGAUGGUGAAUCCGCGUAUACCCAGGCCAAGCUCGGCGGUCCGCCUACAUGGGUUCGAUUGCCUAAGGAUCGAUGGCCGCCUGAAUGGGUCGGCAAGUAUCACGAUCCCGUAGUGAGGCUUGUCUUGGCGUUGUAUGGCCACCCUGAUGCAGGAGGGUUCUGGGAACAGCACUGUGAGAAGGCAUUGCGGUCUGUUGGCUUCGAGCAGUGCCCGGACUGGAAAAGUGUGUUCCGUCAUCCUAAGCUGAAUUUGAUGCUUGUCGUGUAUGUCGACGACUUCAAGCUAAGUGGGCCUACGGAGAAUCUGGCCAAGGGCUGGAGUCUCAUGGCUUCUAAGAUCAAGCUUGAACCACCGUCUGCUAUCAAACGAUAUUUGGGGUGUGAGCACGUGUUGUUCUCUUGUGAUGUCUCUGGUCCAUUCGAUCCUCGUACGUCCUGGACCAAACACGAAGAGCCUAAGAAGCCAUUCCCCGAGCUGACGUUUGGUGAAAAUGCGAUCACUGUCCCGCAGGGCUCCACAGGCUCCCGCAAGAUUCGUAUGAUCAAAUAUGAUAUGCGAUCCUUCAUGGAACAAUGUGUCGCUCGAUAUGUUGAGUUGUGUGGUCCUCGAUAUAAGGCCACCUUGCGGAGGGCGGAUACGCCUUUCCUGGACGAGUCGCGUCCUGAGUUCGAUGUCAACCCCGAUAGUCCUGAGGUAAAUCGUUUGAUGGGCCAUCCCAACGAUUCGCCGGCCCCUCCGGGGAAGGGUGUUCUAGGGGCUCUCGCCAGUCUCACUACCAAGUGGGAUGGGCUUUGCGAUAAGAAGCUGCAUCGUCUGGUGUGUUACAUCAACUCGACGCUCGAUCUCAACCUUUAUGGGUGGAUUGGUGACUCGCCCGAAGAUCUUGAAUUGGUGCUUUAUUGCGAUCCCGAUCUGGCUGGUGAUCGAACUGACUCUAAGAGCACUUCGGGUGUGUUCAUGUGUCUUCUUGGACCUCGCAGUUUUAUGCCUCUCAACGCCCUGUCCAAGAAACAGACCUCGGUUUCGAAAUCUACGCCAGAGGCUGAAAUUGUGUCGCUCGAUCAUGCUGUGUAUAAGCUCGGCCUCCCCGCUUUGUCCAUGUGGGAGUACAUGAUGGGUCGGCGUUUUCGCCUUCGUGUCAUGGAAGAUCAUGAGGCCGCCAUACGUGUUGUGAUUACGGGUCAUAAUCCUAACAUGCGUCACAUGUCUCGUACUCAGCGUAUCGAUAUUUCAGCAAUGAAUGAGCGCUUUCAUCAUGGCGAUUUCCUGUUCGUUACGUGUCCCUCACAGUUCGAGGCCGGUGAUAUUCUCACUAAGGCAUGCACUGAUGCCAAGGGGGGAAUUCAAAUUGAUGAUCCACAAAAGAUUUGCGAUAUCAACUGUUUGCACAUUGGAAACGACAAGAAGUUUCACCUUCCUAGCGGAUCGUCCCGAUCCAAUGUCGCAAGUCUCAAGAAAGAGGUAAAGCAUGUUGCCAGUCAGGUGCUUCCAAGUGCUAUUGCGAAGGUCAUUAUGCUGGUUGUAGCUGCCACGGGCUGCGAACUCCUGCGCCGUGCCGCGUUGAAUAAGAAGGAGCCUGCCGAUACGGGCUCUGAUGUUCCGAUGGAGGACGUUGAGGGUGCCACGAUGGCCAAGGGCAGAUCCGAUAAGUCUGUCAAGAAGAAGGAGCAUCAGCACCCUGAAAUGGUUAUUUUCAAUACCUUCAAACGAUGCAAUCUCGAUGACGCUCCCCGAAACCACGUGGCCAAGUCCAUGGUGGAAGUCGAUCGCACCGAGAAGCUGAAGCCGAUCCUUACCAGGGCGGUGAUCAGCCUGAUGAAAAUCCUGCACCCCGCGUUUAUGGGGGGCAAGACACCUCCCAAUCCUGUGACCGAUAUCAUAGAGAGGUGCCAGGUGCUAGUAGCUGCGACUUUCGCCCGAACUGUCGUUCUAUGUGCCCAGUCGAAGUCGCGCGAGGUCUCGAUAGGUCUUGCCACUUCCAUGCUUCGUCAUUGCAUGGCUUUUGAGGCUAAGACGCUGGCGCCUAACAGCAACAGGACUCGGAUCGAUAUCCAAGUCAUGGACCGCCUCGGGCCGCGUAUGUUUCCAUCCCCGCUUGCGUCAUGGGGAUCCCAGUUGUAUGGGGCAUCCUCCGCCACGGCAACCGAUAGGUGGCUUCAAACGGAUGUUUCGAUAGGUUCCAACUUCCACCGAGGCAAGUUGCCCCAAUCGGAGAACAGCAAGGCAGACGUCGAUCAGAGAGUAGGCUUGGACAUCUUCCGAUGCUUCUUGCAGCUUCGACCUACACUUACCUUCUUGCCGGGUGGAUUGUUGGCUGAGAAGGCUGAGUCUCGAUUUCCGACUCUGCAGUCACUCACCGAACAGUCCGACCGACUAUCCAAAUGCAGAGCGGAGGUGGAUGGGAAUCUUCCCAAAGCCGAUAUCAAUGGAAUUCCAGAGGUUGCUGGCAUGAACUGGGAAGUAUCGCGCGAUAGCGAUGAGGAGUUGACGGGAUGGCCAGCCUACUUGAGGCGCAUGGCCGAUGCCUUUCCUGACUACUGCGUCACUAUUGAUGAUUGCUUGGAUUGGGGAGCUGCGACCAUCAUGGCAUAUUCCGACGGCACGGGAAAGACUACGAUCGGUCCCAACGAUAUGUGGACCUACGUGCCGCUCGCAGGCAGUAAUGUCACAAAUCCCGAAGAUACGUUACUGCACGGCACCUCGCUUCGACACUUAUGGUCUAUUUUGGCACACGGAGGACUGCUUGGGGCCGAGUACGAAAUUGAUGACGGCUCUCUUAAGCCCUGCGUGUGGCUGUCCCACUCCGCCUCGGAGAUUCGAUCCUACGCACCAUCAUGCUAUAUUGGUGAUGGAUACUGGUUCCAGAUUAUGGCAUGCGUUGACAAGAGCCUCGUUCCCGAGGGCGAUCCUAAUGUCUCUCGGGGAAAAGGGGGGUCGAAGAAACAGAUCCGAGUUGCAACGUCUAUGCUCGAGAUAUGUGGAAUUGCGGUUCGGCCGCAUCGAAUCAGUGAGUACUUCACUUCGCAGAAGCAGUCCGAGACAAAUCCGAAGCAUCUCGUACAUGGGUAUCGAUUUCUCGAUCCAAAGGACUGUAUGUCGACAUCAUGGCAUCCUUGGAUGGAGGUUAACCCAAUCGAUCCGCCCAUAAUUCUUGCCACUGGCCAUAUGACGGGAUCUGUCUCGGUUGAAUUCGCUCCAUUCGCGAUGACUGGAACUGGAGAUGACGCGCACCCGGGAGGAACCGAUACUCCUUCCGCGGGUGCUCAACUGGCAACGCCGCAACAGUCAGACGCCAUGUCUGAUGGCGGACACACCCCAGUCGAUCUGUUUCAAGUGUCUGAUAUGGAUGUCUCCGCAUUCCGAUCCAUGGUUUUUCCAUAUUUUCAGAAGCAGGUGCCGCAGUUUGGAGAGGGCGAUCACUUCCAGCUUCCGGCGCCGGCCAAGGCCACUCGCGCUGUCAGUGGGCUUCAAGAAAAGUGGAAUACAUGGUGCAAGGCGUACGAAAAGAUGUUUCGUAUCGUCUUCGGUCCGAUAGCUAUUAUGCCCGGGCGAUAUGAUUCCAUCUACUACGACGACUCCGAUACCGCCGCCGUCGUAAACCGAGGUCAGUGGACUCCCGCAGACGCGAUGAUCGCGGUAAGCGUUCAUGGCGGAUUGACCGUUGCCCUGAUGGGCGCGACGAUUGCGCACUCAGCUAUGCCGCCAGCGUUCCCGAUUAUGGUGAUGCGUCCAACCAGGACAAAGCUGAUCAUUAUUCACGAUGGAGUCAUCACCUUUAAGAAGAAACAGACUACCGCCAGCAGCAAGUUCCAUGAUGGCGAGCUUCCACGAUAUGUGAAGGAGGCCGCAGCUCAGAUGGGGCUAGGGGACAUCGAUGUCCGGUUGCUAGUCCCGGAAAUGCCAGGUGAUGAGAUUCCAGGAAUCAGUAACCUGCUUACAUUGGCCAAGCUGCUGAACGCGGACCCAGAGAACGAUAUUCCGAACUGCCACCUCAUCGUAGUAUGGCGCGGUCUCAUCCCUGGAACGCAAUCAAAGGAAUCGCUGGAGACGAGGCAUUUCGAUACGCUAAUCAGGAUGCUCGUGACGAUCUAG